GCUGCAGUGCUCACUAUUGUGUUGAUCGCAGUCAAGAAGACAAAUUAUUACGUUACAAUUCGUAAGGGCAAACGGGUUCAAGCAGCUAGCAAGCAAGGGCCACUCCCCUGCCGAAACUCGUUUUCUUUCAUAUGGAGAUGGUAGCCCGUAUCGCUUCUCAUAAAACGGGCAGCUCCCUCUCAAAGUCGGUUACCGCCAGCGAGUUAGGAAAUACAUUUCCCAGAAGCCCUAGCGACACCGCUUCCUUUUGUGGGCAGGUUGCAAAGACCCGCUUGACUUUAGCCUGGGAGCAAAAGUUACCAGGCGCGCGUGUGUUUUCUCCCCCUAAAAGCAUUGCUCGAAGGACAACUGCAGCAGGCGCGUUUGGGAAGAGGCUGCUCCCUCCGGCAAGGCAGCCCCGAUGGCGGCGGCGGUGAGGAUCCUGGUCUUGCCCUCUCCCCGCUGCCUGUGGGACGAGCCCGUCCAAGUGAAAGUCGAGGGUCUCGGGCCGCUGCAGGAGGUGACGCUGCGCGCAUCCUUGGUGGACGAGAGCGGCGAGCUUUUCCAGUCGCUCGCCUACUACCGGGCUGGCAGCAGCGGCGAGCUCGACCUCAGCCGCUCGGCGUCGCUGGGCGGCAGCUACUCCGGGGUGGAGCCCAUGGGGUUGCUGUGGUCGCUGGGAUCCCAGACGCCCUUCAAGCGCCUGGCCAAGCGGGACGUCCUCAGCCCUUUCCGCGUCACCUACGAGGUGCUCGACGGGCGCGGAGUCUCCGGGCGGCUCCUCGGCGAGUGCUGCAGCGAGAGGAGCUUUCUGGCCGACGGGGUGGAGAGGAUCCCGGUGCGAGAAGGCAGGCUCCGAGCCACGCUCUUCCUGCCACCCGGCCCUGGACCGUUCCCAGGACUCAUUGAUUUGUACGGAAGUGGAGGAGGUCUUGUGGAAUACAGAGCCAGUCUUCUGGCAAGCCGAGGUUUUGCUACACUGGCUGUUGCUUACAUGCACUUUGAGGAUUUGCCAACUUUCCCAGAGUUAUUUGAACUGGACUAUUUUGGUGAUGCUGUAGAGUUCUUGCGGAAACAGCGGCAGGUGAGAGCUACAGCGAUUGGAGUCCUAGGGCUUUCCAAGGGAGCAGAUCUUGCCCUCGCUCUAGCUACCUUUUGGCCAGGUAUCAGAGCGGCUGUCAGCAUUUCUGGCUCAGGAGUUAAUGCUUUUAUCCCCCUGCGAGUGAAGGGGCGCAUUAUUCCUGCCCAUCCUUGUGACCUGGAGAAGAUUAAGGACACCGGUGAUCCCAAAGUUGUGGAUUUCUCAGAAAUCAUGGCCGACCCCAAAGACCCAGCUACUUGGCAAUGCCGCAUCCCUGUGGAGACGUCCUUAGCCAACUUCCUUUUUCUGUCGGGGCAGGAUGACAGAAACUGGCCGAGUGAGACAUUUUGCCGAGAAGCCGUUGGGCACCUCAGGCAGAGUGGGCGCCGUGUGGAGUUCUAUAGCUACCCCGGGGCAGGGCACCUCUUAGAGCCCCCCUAUCUGCCCCUGUGCUAUAGCUCAUUUCACAGGCCAUUGGGAGUUCUUGUGAUGUGGGGAGGAAAAUGGAGAGAACAUGCAAAAGCACAGGAAGAUGCCUGGCAAAGGAUACUGGCUUUUUUCAGACAACACCUGCUGGAUUCCACCGUUAGAAGUAAUCUGUAGAUUGUGGUUUUGUACAUGUGUGAAGGAGCUGGGUCUUAACGUGCACAUCCCACUUGAGAAGUCGAGAACAGGUGCAACGCCUACCUGUUCAGCCACAACCAGGUACACUAGUACUGUAAUGCGCAACAGACCUCAGCCAAGGGAAUUGGUGAAAGCACAUUUUCCUCAAUGGCUCUUCCAGACGAAGGGCCAUGAGCAGCACUUUGUCGGGAUAUAAGUGUGAUGAGUGUGAUCUAUUCAGCUUCAUCUUAGAACUCAGAUUUGAAAUAACUUUAGUUGCAAGUAGGUAGCCAUGUUGGUCUGCCGUAGUCGAAACAAAAUUUAAAAAAUCCUUCCAGUAGCACCUUAGAGACCAACUAAGUUUGUCAUUGGUAUGAGUGUGCAUGCACACUUCUUCAGAUACUUCUUCAGGUACAAAAGCUCAUACCAAUGACAAACUUAGUUGGUCUCUAAGGCAGUGUUUCUCAACCUUUUUUGGGCCAAGGCACACUUGUUACAUGAAAAAAAUCACGAGGCACACCUGGAAAAAAGUUCCCCUCUGCCGCUCAUUCCGGCGCCCCUAGAAGCAGCGGCUGCGGCUCCAGCGCGCUCGUCUCCGCUAGCCUGAAAGGGAGAGGGGCUUCGGAGGAUCCACCACUUACGGAGCUUCCGGACGAAUCGCCGCCACUGCCCCACAUUCAACCACCGCGCCGCAAGCGAGCGCGAACUUGCGAGAGGUGGGGUUGGGGAACAGAGCGGCGCCGGGCCAUCUCGCGAGAGCAAGCGGCGAGAACAGUUGCCCGAAAGGAGCCCCUGGGAACUGUAGUCCUUUCUCUGGCUCCCUUUCCCUCAAUGGCGUGCGGGGGUGGCGGAAGUGGAGCUUUCUCUCGUCAGCCAGGUUUGCGCUCUCGCCCGGGAAACAAGCCGCACGUCACGGCACACCAGCCACCGUUUCGCGGCACAGUAGUGUGCCGCGGAACAGCGGUUGAGAAACGCUGCUCUAAGGUGCUACUGGAAGGAAUUUUUUAAUUUUGAAAUAACUUGUCAUUUUGCAGCCAAACAAACGCAUGACAGGUUUACCAGCGCACCAGUGCCCUGGUCAUGUGGCAGAGAAAGGUCAUACUGAGCACAAAUGCAGGGGUGUAUCCUCCAUUCACCUGGCCACUUCAUUUCCUCCUGUCUCAUGCCAUCAAAAAGGUCUUUUAAAGGAAUCAGUCUCUUUACUCAUAUCAAGCCAGACCUUUUUGUGAACCCUAUCACUUAGCAAAAUUUUGAGAAGGCCUGUUAAAUUUACACACCUGUUGCUUUCCUUACAGGUGAAACUUGGGAAAUUAGAAUAUCGCCGAAUAGUGCAUGUAUUUCAGUAACACAAAUUAAAAGUUGAAACCAAUAUAUGAGAUAGAUGCGUGACAUGCAAAGCAAGAUAUGUCAAACCUUUAUUUGUUGUUGUAAUUGUAAUUAUUUGUCGUUAGGCGGGUCCAUUAUAAAUGGAAUGUAAUUAAUGAAAUGUAAUAGCGAUGUUUAUUUUUGUUUACUUUUGUAUUAUUGUAACUAUUUGUUUUAUUACUGUGGAAUUUCCAAAAGAAAGCAUUUGUAAAAAUUAAAAGAAAAAUAUAAAAUAAUAAGUUGCAUUACUGAAAUAAAUGCACUUUUUGACGAUAUUCUAAUUUUCCGAGUUUUACCUGUACACCUUAAUACAUUAAUUAUAUUUAGGAUCAACCUUAAUUAAUUAAUCAGUAUAUUAAUAUGCAUUUAGCAUCCAUACACCUUUUUGGUACCUGGUAAGAGAAUGGCUGACAGAGAGACCUGGUCAGCGAAAGGGAGUGGUGAUAAUGUAAUGCAUUAUUGUUGGCUGAGGCUCGCUGAGAAAAUUUUCCUGAUAUGACAAUAAAAAAGUCAAUAGAAUAAAUGGUGCAGAGGAUGGCAUUUGGUAGGGCAUGUUAAUAGUGCAAUCUUAUACCUGUCUUCUCAGAAGUAAGCCCCAUGGAGUUCAGUUAGGUGUGUUGCCAGAUAAGUAUGUAUUUGAUUGGAGUCUAGGAAUACAAAACAGUAGCAAAUCUAGAAAAUCGUUUUAGGAGAAAAGUGAACAACACUGAUAAACGGAGAAGUCUUCAAACGUUGGUACAAAUCACCAACAAUAAGCAUGAUUUCCUCUUGUUUCAAUGUAGUCGUUUGCUUUAGAAAUAAAGAAAGAGUAACUACACUGCGGAGACUAUUUAUAAAACUAACAGAAGGCUAGUGUGGUGUAAUGGCUGGAUUGGGAUUAUGGACUUUAUGGCGCCCUGUUUUAGCCACUGUGCUACAUCUGGAGAAUAACAUUCCUCUUAACUUUCAGUGAAAUCCUAUGCAUGUCAACUCAGUUGUAAGUCUCAGGUGUUGCUGAACUCCUGCCAGGGGUAAUGGGAGCAGGAGUUUAACACCUGGAGGCCACAGCCAGGCUCCCCACUUCUGGUUUAGCCUGUACUUUUGAAUUUUUGGCAGAGAAAGUAUAUUCAUGUUUACCAAUCCACAUUUACCAAUCCAUUUAUAUGUAGUGCGUGAAAAAUGCCGCACUCUUGAAUUAUGUCACUCUUCUUCCUUUGCUUUGUAUAGCUCUAUUCAUUAAGCAAUAUGCAAUGAUAACAUUUCUUUAUAUGUAAUUAAAAGUGGAAAGAGCUGGCUCCACAGGGAUUUUGUGGAGUUUAAUGUGAUAUUGCUACUUGUUCUGAAAUAUUUUUGUAAAUCACCAAGAGAGCCAGAGUUGGGGUGUGUGUUUAAUAAGAGAGUAUAAAUAAAGAA